AAAAAAUGGGACGGUAAAGCCAACUCAAAACAAGUCUUGACAGGUGCUUGCAGUACACCGUGCUCAUAGGCAACCGCCAAGACUAACAUACUCAAAGACAUUCCCAAAAAACUGGAAUAUGUGCCACUGUCAAACGAGGUAACCAAACGAGUUUGCAAGCACCGUCAUUAAGAUUCAGUCAGAACCGUGGAGAAACCUCAACCACGAAUUACAUUGACGAGAGUAGCAGUGGUGACCAUGUGAUCCAAAGACUGACAUUGUUCAAUAAAGAAUAGUCCCUGACAAUCAAGUUACAUACUUUGGAUAGAUUUUUCGUCUUCAUUAACUUCACGGAACCCAAUCCACUCCAAUCCAAACCUGUGGUAUUGGGUUUAUUUUGUCUCGCUCUUCAUCCAAAGUGAGAUGUUGUGGCAAAUUUCAAUGCUAACCGCUACGUGUUGCGAAGACAAUGGCUGCAUUGAAGCCUUUUAUGCAUCAAUGGUUGAGUGCUGACUUGAACAACCUUGAGUACGAGUUAUUGGGAAUGAGUUUGAGCUACGAUUGGUUAAUGUGAAGUGAUGAUGCCGUCCGAGGAAUGACGAUUCAAUUCAUACUUUGAGUUUAGCCAGAAUAUGAGAAGCCCAACCAUUGUAAUGGUUCUCUUGAGUUUGGUACAAUGGAAUCAGUCAACAUUGGGUCAGGAUGCCCCCCCCAUUGGCAGUUGUGGUCUUGAGACCAGAAAUCUGAGGACACUGGAGAAAAUUGAAUCCAUUAUCGAGGCCAAACUGGAAUUGAUCCGUGAGCUGAUCAACAAAGCACGGAGAGAUGUCACUCAAAUGAAGGCCAAGGCCUACGAUGAAGGUCAAAUAUACAACCUGCUCUUUCUUGGGGCUUGGGUGAUUGAGAUCGUUGGGGAUUGGGUGACAAACAAACGCACCUACGACAAUUUUAAUGGACAAGAAGACAUGGUUUUGUCCAAUUAUGGCAUGAUUUUCACCUAUGGCGUCGCUGAACAGGCCUCAGUAAUUUUCGGUGGCUUACCCAAUCCAGCUGAUACGAGGAACUGCUUUUUUAUUGAAGAUUUCAUGACAAUCGCCAAUGCGUUCCAAGGCCUCAACCUUCGGACUUGUCAAAAAAGCUUUUACGAUCGGGCCUCGGAUUUUGAGUUCAUCCUUAAAGCCAAGAUGUCUUGUAUCUUGGACAGUUUGGAAGACUCUUCAGCGGAAUUGGGCUGGAUUUUGGACGAGUUCCUAACGGGUGUGUCUCUUAGAAAUCAGAUUCUGGACGAAUCAGAACAAAGUGAGGAAGGCUCGGAGAAAAGUGAGAUAGGAUCCGAGGACUAUAGUCAAAGAUACAAGCAACCUGAAGUACGAUGACGAAUGUCGUUUACAUAUGAGUGAAUGAAGAACAAAACUUAACAUAAUCAUUUUCUUAAAUACAUUCUUCUGAAGCUUGCA